UUCAGGAUAAACACAGAGGGAAGUCUGAGGUGAGGUGGAGCUUUGCUGACUGGCCAGGCUCACAGCUAUUCAGGGACAGGUUGGACUGGUUUCUCCCUCCACAAUACCAGUGUUUCCCUCGCUCUCGAUCAUUUAUACCAGCACAGAGGGAGGAAGAAGUGCACUAGAUAAAAGUAGCAGUGGAAAGAGUAAAAGGCUUCUCUGUACAUUUCAACCUUUUGCCCAGAGAGGAAUAUCAACAUGCCUGAGGAAGGAGAGGGAGAGGGAGAGGGAGAAUACUAUGGAAAGCAUGGUGAGCCAAGGAAGUAUGACCCAACCUUCAAGGGCCCAAUCCACAACAGGGGCUGCACAGACAUUGUGUGCUGCAUCCUCUUCAUUAUUUGCAUUCUGGGUUAUAUUGCUGUGGGAAUACUUGCCUGGUCCCAGGGUGACCCCAGGAAGGUGAUCUAUCCCACAGACAGUCGAGGCCAGUUCUGUGGGCAGGCUGGCACAGAGCUCGCGAACAAGCCGCUGCUGUUCUACUUCAACAUCAUGAAGUGUGCCAGCCCCAUGGUGCUGCUGGAGUUCCAGUGUCCGACCACACAGAUGUGUGUGGAGAAGUGUCCUGAGAAGUUCAUGACAUUAGUCAAAGCCUACACCAACAAAAAGGACUUUGACUACUACAAGACAUUCUGCAAGGAAGGUGUGACUAACACAAUGGGUAUACCAGAAAUCCUCAGGUUAGGUCUCUGUCCUGCCAUGUUGACCCCCAGCAGACCCUUCACUCGGAGGUGUUUCCCAGCUUUGGGGGAGAAAGGAGGGGUGAUAACUGUGGGAAACAACUCACAAUUUGACGAUGGAAGCGGUAAAAUGAGAGAUGCCAAGGAUCUUGUAGAUGGAGUCAAGAAUGCCACUGUGGUUAUCGAGGCUCGUCAGGUGGUCAUGAAAAUCUUUGAGGAUUACACGCAGUCCUGGUAUUGGAUCCUGCUAGGCCUGGUUAUUGCUAUGCUCACCAGCCUGCUUUUCAUCGUCCUCCUGCGCUUCCUGGCAGGGAUCAUGGUCUGGGUCAUGAUCGCCAUGGUGAUACUGGUCAUAGGAUAUGGUAUCUUCCACUGCUACAUGGAGUAUGCUGGCCUGAAAGGACAGGCUGGGGCUAAUGUGACUCUACAGCAACUGGGCUUCCAGACAGACUUCACAGUCUACCUGCAGAUCAGACAGACCUGGCUGGCUUUCAUGAUUAUCCUGGCCAUUGUGGAGGUCAUUAUCAUCCUACUGCUAAUCUUCCUCAGGAAGAGGAUCCUCAUUGCCAUCGCUCUCAUCAAAGAGGCCAGCAGAGCCAUCGGACACGUGAUGUCUUCCCUUUUCUACCCGCUGUUCACCUUCGUCCUCCUGGCCAUGGUGGUCGCCUACUGGGCAGUCACUGCUGUCUUCUUGUCUACCUCUAAUGAACCCAUCUACAAAGUGUUCAAUGAGUCAGUUUGUGAACACUCAAGAAAAACCUGUGAACCAGCAAAUUACUCGACGAGUCCUGAAAAAUUGGAGUGCCCUGACUCCGAGUGCCUUUUCGCCUUCUAUGGCGGAGAGACCAUUUACCACAAGUACCUGAUCGGCCUGCAGUUCUACAACGUCUUCCUCUUCUUCUGGUGUGCCAACUUCGUCACGGCCAUGGGACAGAUGACCCUGGCCGGGGCUUUCGCCUCCUACUACUGGGCCUUCGUCAAGCCGGAUGACAUGCCUGCCUUCCCCGUGUUUUCUGCCCUCGGGAGAUCUCUCAGGUAUCAUACAGGAACUCUGGCGUUUGGCUCCCUCAUCCUCUCCAUAGUUCAGAUCAUCAGGGUUUUACUGGAAUAUCUGGACCACAAGCUGAAAGGAGCCCACAAUAAGUGCACCAAGUUCCUGUUGUGCUGUCUGAAGUGCUGCUUCUGGUGUCUGGAGAAAUUUGUCAAGUUCAUAAACAGAAAUGCCUACAUUAUGGUGGCGAUUUAUGGCAAAAACUUUUGCACCUCUGCCAGAGAUGCCUUCUUCCUCCUCAUGAGGAACAUGAUCAGGGUUGCUGUCUUGGACAAAGUGACAGAUUUCCUCUUGUUUUUGGGCAAACUGCUCAUUGUCGGGCUUGUGGGGAUCUUUUCCUUCUUUUUCUUCUCUGGGAGAGUGAAGGCCUUUGAGGAUACAGCUCCUCAUCUCCACUACUACUGGGUACCCAUCCUGACUCUGGUGGUCGGAUCCUACCUCAUUGCCCACGGAUUCUUCAGUGUGUACGCCAUGUGUGUGGACACUCUGUUCCUCUGUUUCUGUGAAGACCUGGAGCGCAAUGACGGCUCAGCCGCAAGGCCGUAUUACAUGUCCUCAACUCUUCAUGAGAUUCUGUGGAAGGACGCGGCGGUGGCUCCGUCUCCGUCUUCUGCUCAGCAACAGGACGCUGAAGACCUCCAGCUGAAACGGCAGCAGACUCAGGAGGAGGAAGGAGAUUUACGGCCAUAAUAAAAUCCAUGCAACACUUUUUAAAAUCCUGCAGUUAAAGACUGACUUGAAUUAUGACACUAAGGAGCUCGAACUUGGUUGUUGCCCAAUGGGAAAUUCUCCUUUGCACUUAACCAACUCAAACCAUCAGUGGUGUAUAUUUCCCUUUGCCUUAUCUGUCCUUUAACGCAAAGAGACAUAUGUGAAGUCUUUUUUUCUUAAUUGACCAUUUGCUAAACCCCUCUCUUAAUCAAGGAUUGUCCAAUUGUUGCAACUCUAACCACGCAUAGCAGGCCAAGCUUUGGUUAGCUUUACAUACAUGAAUUGAACUAAAGACUGUAUAUAAAGAAGGACGACAUGUCGCCACUGCUUCCUGCUGUACAAAUAUGAAGCCAAACUGUGACAGAUACACGCACUGCCCUCCUGUGCUCGUUAUGUCAUUAGGAGCCAGACGGUGCUUCUUAAGGUCAAGGAUGCUUCCUUGAUAGGACAGGUCCUUGUGAGUCUGGUACAGUGGUGGAAAAAGUAUUCAGAUGUGUUACUUGGGUUAAAGUGCUAAUAACACACUGUGAAAUGACUCCACUACAAGUAAAAGUCCUGCAUUCAAAACUUACUGCAGUAAAAGUAUCAGCAUCAAAAUGUACUUAAAGUAUCAAAAGUAAAAGUACUCGUUAUGCAGAAUGAACCCACUCUGGGUUUUGUUUUAUAUAUUAUUACAAUUUUUGUAUUGAUGCAAUUAUGUAAGCAGUAUUUUACUUUAGUAAAGAUGUGGCUCAUUUGAACUAUGCAAAAUAUACUAUUAUGAGGUGUCAUUUAAAAACAAAUGUCUAAUCACUUUAAAUUUAUCAUGUUUUAUGUUAAAUCUUGACCUGAAAACGAACUAAAGCUGUCAGCUGAAUGUAGUGGAGUAGAAGUAUAAAGUUACAUAAAAUGGAAAUACUCAAGCAAAGUGCAACUACCCCAAAAUUGUACUUAAGUACAGUAUUUGAGUAAAUUAACUUACUUUCCACCACUGGUCUGGUCCUACAGAAGCAAGACAAGAGUCCUUCCAGUCAUUGGUUUAACACACAAAUGGAACAGUGAGCUGCAUGUGUGUAGGUGUGCAUCAUCGUGUCCUAUGUUCAAUUCAAGCACAGAGGAAGACAUACUUUUAUCAUAAAAUUAUAUAUAUAUAAUUUUUUUUUAAAAAAUAGUCUGUUGAUGUUUUUAAAACUCCUGGCAGACCACAAAGCAUUAUGGGUACACAAGGCGCGCUGAGGAAACGCAGACAUCCUUGUAAAUUUGCUUAAAAGAAGGACUCUGUCCUCUGUAUAAUUUUAGGGACAUCAGAACGGUCCUUUGUUGGGUGUCCAUGACAAAACUCAGCCAUUUUAAAGAAUCCUUCUUGAUUGGGGUGGAGGUGGAGUAGUGAGGUCCCAGCCAAACAUCCGUCUGACCAAUCAAAAAAUUAAAACCAAACUUAUUUUAAAAAUGACCGCUUUAACAUACUACAGCACGAUGAGACCCACCUGAACACGUUUUUUUUGUUUCGUUUUUUUUUGUUUGGCCAAUAUCCCAUCCAUGAACAUAGAGGAGGUGGAGCUUAUGAUGUGUACUAGAGGCAGCCACCAGGGGGCGAUCAUAAUGUUUUAUCUUCACCUUCAUGUUAUCCGUCUUUCUAUACAGCCUAUAGAUUAAACAUCCUACAUACUGGUCCUACUAGACCCCCUUUUGCCAUAUUUGUGUUUAAAAAAUGAAUCAGCUGGAAACACUGAAAAAAAUGUUUUGUGUUUUAUUAGCUAUUUAGCUAUAACUGACUCACUCCGGUGACAGGUGUCAUUUCAGAUGGACAAAUCAAUGAUUGGAAAUGAGAUGCUGCUUUUGUUUACCUCCGUCUGAAAUUCAUCGUUUCAAAAAAAGCUGAGCGUUAUGGGCUGAAAUAUGUGCCACCAGAAACUGAAUUUGAAUUGCUUAACUUGAGUAAUUGCAUUAAAAAACUGAAUUUGAAUCACAAAAUUUAAAUUUUUGCCUCAACUACUUGGAUGUUCGUCACAGAAAAUUGAAAUUGAAUUUUGCGAACUGAAUUUGAAUUGUGAGAACUGAAUGUUCAGUUCUAAACUAAUAAAUUUCAAAUUAUAAUUCGGAUUCAGUUUUUCAGUGCAAUGAUUCAAAUUGAACAAAACAAAUUCAAAUGAUGUGAUUCAAAUUCAGUUUUUUAAUGCAAUUAUUCAAGUUAAGCAAUUCAAAUAUAAGUAAUUAUAAUUCUGGUGGCACAUAUUUCAACCUAUAGAGUGAGUUAGUGAGGACUGAGGGUGAAUGUGACUCACCGCUUUAAUCUUGACGGGCAUAUUAACGUUAAUCAAGAGUAACUAAGGAGGGCGGGGCUUAGCCAAUAGUCAGCUGAACAUCAAACAUGUCUGAGGAAUGAGCCUAUAAAAUGUGGAUCAUUUGUUGCACGAUGAAGUCAAGGAAAUGAUCUCAUUGGAGGUGAUGAGAUUUAGUUUAGAAAGCUUCUGUUAACAGCUGCUCACGUUGAAUGACACUGGUUAAAAUGUGUGUAGUUGGUGUCUGGUACUCGUCCUGCUCAACUGAAUGUCUGGGAGUCAUUACUCUGGGGAAACUGACUCUGCUAAACUUUGUUUUAGCCUUUUAUUAUGGGCUGAAAUAUGUGCCACCAGAAACUGAAUUUGAAUUAUUUAUAUUUGAAUUGCUUAACUUAAAUAAUUGCAUUAAAAUCUGAAUUGUAAUUUGAAAUUUUAAUUUAUUAAUUUGGAACUGAAAAUUCAGUUCUCACAAUUCAAAUUCAGUUUGCAAAAAUCUAUUUAAAAUUCCUGCGACGAACAUCUGGUAGUUGAGGCAGAGCAAUCAAGCGUAGUGAACGGAUGUGCUGAUUGGCCGAAGAGGCGCUAUGGCAACCGGGUGGCAACAAAUGUUACAAAAGAAAACGGAGGUGCUGAUUGGCAGAAGAGAAGCUCUGUGUAUCUGCACUCGAUUGCUCUGCCUCAACUACCUGGAUGUUUGUUGCAGAAAAUUUAAACUGAAUUUUGCGAACUGAAUUUGAAUUGUGAGAACUGAAUGUUCAGUUCCAAACUAAUUAUUCAAGUUAAUCAAUUCAAAUUCAAAUAUAAAUAAUUAAAAUUCAGUUUCUGGUGGCACAUAUUUCAGCCCAUAUUAUAUUUGUCCGUGCCACUGGCCUAUAGAAACUUGAAGCCGUUCAUGUGCCUAAUUUACAGUGUUAACGUCGGUCUGUUUGCACCUUGGACUAGUUGUUUACAGUUUAUGCAAUCAGAACCACAAGAUAUCAGUUGUUACUUCUUUAGUAAGCUGCACUAUUAAUGCACUUUAAUUUCUGACAGGUUUUUAUCCUUUAUAAACAAACACUGGGUUUUUUUCUUGAGGCUAGCUGCUUUGUAGACUCUUUUAAAGUUGAUUUUUCUACUGUGAAAGCAACAUACUGUAGUUUUGCAGUCAGUACCUCUUUACAAAAAGUGUAUGCUUGGCAGUAAAGUUUGUUUAAUAAACAGUAUUUGAGGCAA